AAUAGUUAAUAAAAAUGAGAGCAACAACGGAACCCGACCACAGCAUAUUGAUGAGUGAACCCAUUAGCUGCUUCGAAAUAUGUGAAAAUGACUUCGCCUAUAAUCUAAUCUGCGUAGCCCAACAAAAACAUCUUUCCUUGAUACUUAUUGGUCUACCGGAAGAGAGCGGGACAUUUGUAUGGAAUCAUGUGCAAGAGAUGGAGAUACUGGAUGAAGAUGCACGAUGUUUCAGAAUCGCCUUUUCACCGGACACCUCGCUUAACUGUACGCCAAAUAAAGUCACUGUGUGCGCCUCAAUUGGCAAGGGCAAUUUGGCACUGUUUCACACGAAUUUGAAUGAGGUGAACAGCGUGCAAUACCUGCGUGGACACAGCAGCUACAUCAAUGACACUGCGUGGGUCUGCGAUGGCGAGUUGCUGGCUUCUGUCAGCGACGAUUUCACAUGCAAGUUUUGGAAUAUCGCGUCGAGUUUGGAGAACGUUAUUACGUUUUGCCUUUCUUCGGCGGGUAUGUCCAUUAAAAGCCACCCAGAGGAUCCCAGCAAGGUGCUUGUGGCAGAGAAGCGUGGGAUAAUCCAUCUAUAUAAUGUACGUAGCAAGCAAACAGUAGUCUCUGUCGAAUCACCAAAAUUUCCACUGAUGUCUGCUGAUUGGGCAAGCAACAAUCGGCUUUUUGUUACAGCCUUGGCUGGUGGCGACAUUGUCACCUGGGAUUUAAGCCGUCCAUUUGCACCUGCUGACAUAAAGCAGGUGCAUGAGGACGGAGGCCGUAUUGUACGUUUUGCUCCAGGUAGCUCUGAGAUUGCGAUAGCCACCAUUGGACGGCCGGAUCUUACGAUGAAAGUUUUCGUGGGCAAGUCAACUGUACCGCUUAUUGAGUCGCCUUUAAAGACGUACGGCGGUCUGGCGUGGCAUCAGCGUUUACCAUACAUCUGCGCAGUGUCCGAUAAAAAGUUAUGUUUUUGGAAGGUACAAAUUAAAUAAUUAAAAUAUCAAUAAAGAGACUUUCAAGUACUGGAAA